AUGGCGGAACGUGUGACAAAAUGCCGUGAUGACGUAGCGAAAAAUCGUGAUAAGUACCAGGCUGCAUUGGCUGAGAUUACGGCCUACAAUCCCCGAUACAUUGAAGAUAUGACAGGCGUUUUUGACCGCUGUCAGCAGAUGGAGGCCCAACGACUUGUGUUCUUCAAGGAUGUGUUGUUUAGCUUCCAUAAAUGUUUGAAUAUUAGCCAGGAACCCAUAUUACCACAAAUAUACGAAGAAUUCCACCAUACGAUCAACAAUGCUGACCACCAAAAGGACCUCAAAUGGUGGGCGAACAACCAUGGCAUCAAUAUGGCCAUGGCGUGGCCACAGUUCGAGGAAUACACGGAGGAGUUCCGGGACAUCGCCAAGGGCAAGUCGAAGGAGAGCCUGCCCACCGGACCGAUCACCUUACUCAACCAGCGCCCUGUCAGCGAAGACGAACUCCCGCCAAUAACAAACAACAAAGUGAAGGCAAAUCACACGGAGCCUGUAGUACAAGUGAAUAACGCGCCGUCACAGAACAGCACAGCCAAUAAUACCAUAGACAAGAAAUCUAUCAGUGCACCGAUCGCUGUCACAAACGGUACAGCAUCAGCGCCAAAAUCUAACAAGUCAUCGCCCGUGAAGGAGCCAAGCCGGCAAGAUAAUCCAUUCGAAGAAGAAGAGUGGGAGGAAGAGUCUGGAGGUCCUUUGACGGACACGGGUGAACCGGGUGUGCCCGUACGAGCUUUGUAUGACUACACUGGCGCUGAGAGUGACGAACUUAGCUUCCGGCAAGGUGACUUAUUCGAGAAACUAGAAGACGAAGAUGAACAGGGAUGGUGCAAGGGGCGAAAGGAUGGCCGAGUGGGGCUCUACCCCGCCAAUUACGUGGAGCCAGUGGGGCAUUAA